CGCCUCAAAGCGCAUGCGCGGAAACACGGCGGACUUUUUGUUUAGGUUUGAAAUCAGAAGCGGUUCCCACAAUUAAUUUAGGUUUUUAAUGUCGUUGUGUGAGUUCACUUUGAUCAAUUCACGAGUGUUGACAAGGACUAUGUGUUUGAUGCAAAGACCACCGCUGGUUAACGUUUAAUAACGGUUCUUUAUUCGUCACUCGGACACCUCUACGUGAGUCUCCCUAGCUAUGUUUCCUUUAAGGACAAUGCCAUCUCUAAAGUCUUCCAAGUCCACGUCCGCUAACGUUACAGCCUCAAAGAUCAAAAACAAGAUCCUCAACUCCUCGUCCUUCUUCAAGGUCUCGUUGAAGACCAACAACAAGGCGCUGGCGGUGGCGUUGGAGGUCCAGAAGGAGAGGAGCAGGCAGCUGGAGAUGGAGAUAGUUUACUAUCAGAAACAAGUGGAGGCGCUGUGCUUCGAGCUGGCCACCAAGAAAUACAAGCAGAGGAGACUGCUCCUCAUCUUGGAUACCCUCCGGAGCAACACUCUGCAGCAGUUGGACGAGGUGGACGACCUGUUCUCUGACAGUGAUAAACACGAGGACAACAAGAUCGUAUCUGGAGACAUCAACAAAGAAAAUCAUGUGAUGGGAAGUCUUACAGAUCUGGUUCCUCCUCAGCGAGAAAUCCCAAGGAAUGUAUUGUGUCCCCUCCAAAACGUAACGGCGGACUUGCCUGAAAAAGACAUCUGUGCCUUCCAGAACAGACCCAGAGAGUCCACUGAUGUCUUCAACGAUAACAUGCAUGCAGAGAAAAGGCGUUCAACCCAGACAGGGACAUCCCGUCCGUCCAGCAGCCUGAGGGAUGAAGUGGAGAGGCUGUCAAUGAUGUUCUCUCAACCUGGGUUUGACAUGAAGUCAUUCCCCUGUCUUCAGAACAGCCACACCCCCCCAGCUGUGCGCACAUGUGGAACACCCAGGCCAUUUGUCUCUGAGGAUGAUCCCCUCCCAAGUAGCUCAGUCAUGGAAACUGAACCACAACACGCUAACAAACAAGAGAAGUCUGUUCUUCUGAAUGCAACGAUGGAGAUGACGCUCAGUAACUCCUCUGAGAUAGUCGUUGUGGAAACCAAGGCCAAAAGAAAGGGCCGCUCUGGCAAACCAAAAGUCAAGAAGGAUAAGGAACAAGCCUGUGCCUUCAGCGUGGCGGAAAAUCCACAAGUGACGAGCUCUGCAGAUCCUCGGCCGAGUGAGGUUCAGAGCAGCACUUUGUCACCGUGCGAUGCACCUGAUGAUAUUAGAGACUCAGAGGUUGUUGAGCUUCAGUCUCCUAAAAGACUGUGUAAGAGCAGCAAAACCUCUCGCAUUCCCAAACUCACCAAGUCUGAAGCCUGGAAACAAUCAGAAAACGGCGAAGAACAAACUAAAAUCCCGUGACAAUACCAAGUCCAA